AUGUCCAAGGUGCUGACGCCGUACCUCCGCAAACUCGUGGACAAUCCCGCGUCGUUUUCCGUCGGAGACUUUGCAGCUGCCCUUCGGCUUGUUUUCCAGGGCCAAACCAACGACAUCGAGCUGGCAUCCCUCCUGACCGCUCUCCGUAUCCGCGGCCUCGACUUCGACUCAGAGUACAUAGCCACCGCCGUUGAGACCAUCCUGCAGUUUUCAGAUGUCAUUCCGGGCCACACCGUUGACCCAGACGGCUACAUUGACGUGGUUGGCACCGGUGGCGACGGCCAAAACACUUUCAACGUCUCUACGUCGGCUGCCAUCGUCGGCGCCGGAAUGGGGCUCAAGGUGAGCAAGCACGGCGGCAAGGCGUCGACGUCGACCUCGGGAGCUGGAGAUCUCAUGACCAAUCUCGGCGUCAAGCUGCACAAGGUGGACAGCAAAAGCGUGCCUGGAAUCGUCGCGUCAUCGCGACUGUGCUUCCUUUUCGCUCCUGCUUUCCACCAUGGAAUGGCCAAGGUGGCUCCUGUGCGUGCCAGUCUCGGUAUCCCAACUAUCUUCAACAUUUUAGGGCCGUUGUUGAACCCGAUUCCUAUCAAGGCUCGUAUCCUCGGCGUCUACACCGAGGCGCUCGGCAAGAUCUACUGCGAAGCGGCCGUCAAGCUAGACAGGAAAAGCGGUAGAAAGCCCGCAGAAACGAUGGUUGUCUUUGGCGAGGUUGUCCUCGACGAAAUCGCGCCGGUCGGGGCCACCAAGGUCUGGAGAUAUAAUAGAGAAACCGACCAGAUUGACGAGUUCAAGCUGCAUCCUGCCGAUUUUGGACUGCCCGAGCAUCCGCUGGAAGUGGUGAGGUCUGGAACGCCAAAGGAAAACGCUGAGUUGCUCACGAAAAUCCUCAACAAUGAAGUUGACCUGUCACCGGGAGCACAUCCAGUUGUAGACUAUAUAUUGAUGAAUACGGGAGCUUUGGCCGUUGUGGGUGGCCUGGCGUCCUCCUGGAAAGAGGGAACUGAACUCGCACGGAAAAGCGUGAGCUCUGGAGCCGCAAAACAGGCAUUGGAUAACUUUGUCAAGGCAGUCAACGAUAUAUAGGCCUGGUGUGCUUAUGUAAUACAUAUCUACAAAUUGGC